CCCAGCCGCCGCCGCCGCCGCCGCCGCAGCCGCCUGCCCGCCCGCCCGCCGGACAAAGCCCGAGAGCCCGCGCCCAGAGCCAUGUCCUCGUCCUCCGGCAGCGGCCACCAGCCCAGCCAGAGCCGCGCCAUCCCCACCCGCACCGUGCCCAUCAGCGACGCCGCGCAGCUACCUCAUGACUAUUGCACCACGCCCGGGGGGACGCUCUUCUCCACCACGCCGGGAGGAACGCGAAUCAUUUAUGAUCGAAAGUUUCUGUUGGAUCGUCGCAAUUCUCCCAUGGCUCAGACCCCGCCCUGCCAUCUGCCCAAUAUCCCAGGGGUCACCAGCCCUGGCACCUUAAUCGAAGACUCCAAAGUAGAAGUAAACAAUUUGAACAACUUGAACAAUCAUGACAGGAAGCAGGCAGUUGGGGAUGACGCUCAGUUUGAGAUGGACAUCUGAGUGCCCUGCAGGAUCGGAAGAAAAGCGGCAGCACCGAGGCUGUGUCACCGGAUGGGGCCCAGAGGACCAACAACCAGCAGACAGGAGGGGCGGUGUCGGCAAGCGUCACAGCCCCCGCGUCCCCUUCUUCCUUCCUCUGGGUGCCAAAUGAUGCAAAGAUGAGCUUCAUCUGACUAUUUCCUCUCCGUUUCCUGUCCCCCUUCCCAGGUAGUCAAGUUCGCUCCAAGGUCCUUGGCAUAUUUCCCUAGACCUAAGCAGCCCACAGAGGAAAGCAGUUCAACUCUGGCUUCCGUGGUCAUUUUACUGUUGAGAAAACCUCUCCUCCCUCCCCCAGCCCCCUCUUUCUUCUUUUAAUCCCAAAUCAAGUAUCAGCCUACCAAUAAUUGCCUGCCUGGGAAGUCUGGGGAAGUGAUAGGUUUGCUGGGCUCAGCAUUAUGCAUGUUCUAACCCUCUAUCUGCCCUCCGUGUCUCCCAUCUGUGGUUCAGAGCUGCAAGAAUCUGGGUUUUCGGUCUUCACAGCCACCAGAGGGAAAUGAUAAACGAGAAGGGCGCGCUCUCCCUUUUACCUUGAGGUGUUUGUCCUUAGGGGCAGAGCACAGCCUGUGCGUUCUGGUAGCAUCCCUGUGUGGUGCCGUUUGGAGGCCCGCUUCCCCACCUUCCUCUGGCAGGAGUGUCUUGUGUCUUUGAGAGCCGAGUUCAGCUUCCCAGGCCUUCGCUCAGCACAUUGGUGCAGAAAGGUUUGAGCUCUACCUGAGAAGGGCGUCCUCGGUGAGCAGCGGGGCUCUCCUCCUGUCCUGCCUCCCUGCUGGCAUUCCCCUUGCCCACAGUCCUCUUGUCUCUGAGCCGCCCAAGUGGUUCUGUCGCUCCUGGAACAGGCCUGUCCAAGUGACACAGGCGCUCUGGGGAAGGCCUGGUCAUCGUGUUCCGCUGGGUGACACCGAAGAAUGACCUUGGGAGCGUGGCGAACCCCGAGGGUGCUUGGUCUCAGUAGUCCUUGCUUUUCAGUCCACUGAGCGUUGUGAUGUUUGCUGUCUCUGAUUGCAGUUUCUUAUGUUUUGAGUUUAAAAGGUGACUUUCAGAAUGCUCUUAGAAAAGAACGAAACUGUUUUUCUCUGUGGACCCGCUUAGGCUGCUGGGAUAGAUGAGCAUGGGCUUAAAAGUGUGUCCCCACCCCCACCCCCUCCCCGGUUCUCUUGCCUUCCCCAUCGUACUCGGAACUGUCCCUCUCUUUCCCCGCUUCCUGCCCUCCCUCCCACCUUGUUCUCUGCCAGGCCAUUUUUCAGAUAUACAUCAAAGAUACCUCAAGUGUUGGUAUCUGAUAAGAUCUCACUCCUCUUAUCUGAGGAGGGGUCUUUUAUUUUUAAGAUGACUACAGACCUAUUUUUAGAUAUGUUUUCAAUACAGUUUUGAACAGCAACUUUUUAAUUACACAUCUUCCAGUGUUAGGAAGGUGAGAGAUGUCCACAGGCGAGUCUGCUGUUCCGUGUCACCCUCCUCUGUCUACCCCAGUUCCUGAUGAGCUCUUUGCUUCUCCCUCUAGUUUUGGGUGUGCAUGUUUGCAGUUUGUAGUGGGUGGUUUGUAAAACUGGACCAUUCUCCUUGCCGUGGGUUGUUUAUGAAAGCCUCAUUCUUUUCCCUCACCCUUUGCUUUUUCAUUCCCUGUCCUCCCUGUCCCGCUCUCCUCACUAUUGACUGGCAUGGUGAUCCCGGGAGAGUGACCCCCUCGUAGAAAGACUUAACGCCUCCGUCCCCUCAAAGAACCACCAGGAAAGUAGCCACUGGUGUCCUGGGAACUUCUGGUUACGUGUGGUAUCCUGAGCCCUCUGAAGAGAUCACAUCCCAGAGUGAGAAUAACAGGCCAAUUGCCUAAGAAAGAAAGCUGUUUGUUUUUCUUUCGAGCUAUGAAAAGACCCUGUUAACAAACACAUUUUAGACAGAAGAGAGGAAGGAUGUCUGGGGAACUUUGUUCUGGUUUUUUACUACAAAAUGUGAAUAGUUCAAAGAGUGAACCUUUUGUGAUGGUUGAUGUCUCUCAGGAAUAAGCUGGAUCUCCAAAAUUGGGGGGGAUGCUUUUCAGUCUCAAAAAUUGAUGAUCAGAAAAGUAUUUUUUGUUUGUUUGUUUGUUUGUUUAAUGUAUCCCUGUUCUGAUUUUAAUUAAACUCCAAAUUUCACUUUACCUACUCUUGGAAAAACUUCAGUUGCACUGCAGUUUGCAUGGGAAGUUUGCUCAGGACCCCUUUGUCCCCUAGGAGCAUGAUUCCUUGGGAAUGAGGCUUCUCGUUCUUCAUAGCUGACUUUGGCAUCCGUGGAACCUGGCUCCAGCUCCCGCUAGGCUGGUUGGACCACGAGCAGAAGAGCGCCCCCUUCUUGAUCUUUAUUGCUGCACAUGAAAACCUGGCCUCCUUGCUGAGCAGCGGGGAGUGCCUUGAAAACAUGCCAGCUUGGGUAAUAUCAAGGUGCCAUUUUCCCCUUUUUGGCCAUUCUGGGGAAUCUCUGCACAUAGCUCCCUAAUCGAAGGCCAUUUUGCUAGCAGCUGUAUAAUAGAGCAGCGGCCCAGUCCUUUAGUCCUUCUCUGCAAGGAGUCCCUUACUGCUUGGUGCAGUUCUCUCCUGGAGGCCACUACUAGGAGAGAUACCUUAACCUCCGUGAGUCUGCAUUUUAAAGAUCAUUUCACAAGGCAACAGAGUAACUUGUAACAAACAGACGGCACCUUUGUGCCGUGCCUCAUAGAAUGAUUUUCAGGGCAAGCCAGAUCCAGAAGAAUGAAUAAUCUGUCCCUUGGGGAGGGAGUCCCCUGAGGGUACCAUUUGAAUGAGAUGGUUCUUAAAAUCUUGGUGAUCAUUUGUUGCCCUUAUGGGGAAACCAUGUUUCUGUGCUUUGGGGGCAGUCCAUCUUAAUGAGAAAUGACCUUGUUCCUCCAGAUUCCAGCAGGAGACGCCCAUUGUCUCGGUCUGGCUUCCUUCUGGUACGGUUUGCCGAGAUCCCCACUCACUCACAUUCUCAAGAGCACAUUGUAGAGCAGCGGCCUUCGUGUUUGUCCUUCCACCUGUCUUCAUUCUCUGUUGCCGUGUAAUAGAUUAUUCCCAUACCGUGAGUCUUGAGAGAGCAAACAUUACCUGUCAGCUUCUGGAGUUAGGAAUUGGGAAGCGGCUGAGCAGGACGGUUCCGGCACAGGGUCUCAGGAAGUUGCAGGCAAGAUGUUGGUAGGGUCUGCAGUCAUCUGGGGCCGGAGAGGCCACUGCUACGCUCUCUUUGUGGCUGUUGGUAGGAAGCCUGGGUUCCCUCCGCAGGGGUGUCUCAGUAGGGCAGCGUGAGUGUCCUCGCACCACAGGGGCUGGCUUCCCCUGAGCAGGGGGUCCCAGGGAGAGGGUAAGUCUCCCAGGGAGGGAGUCUGCAGUGCCUAUCGUGACGUCUCUGAAAGCACACACCAGCACCUAUUCCUGAUUCUGUUCCUUAGAAGCAGGCUCCGAAGUCCGGCCUGCAUUCAAGGGGCCGGGAAUUACACCCCAUGGGGCAGUAGCGAAGAAUUUGAGGAUGUACCUUAAAACCACCUUACCCCCAACAGAGGAUAAAAUCAGUCCGACGGGGGGCGUUGGUUAAACUAGGUAACACACCAAGAGCGAUGCCGCUACUAUGUCUCCUGGCUAGAAGGUGGACACUCUUCUCUUUCCCCAAAACCACCUGCUGGCUUUAAGAGUGACAAGAAAUGACAUCUCUCAGGAGAAUAAAGAGCCAUACAUUUGCCUAAUGACCAGCAGCGUGACAGUGCAUCAUGACGAGUCCCAGGCUCGGUGACUCUGAGACUCCAUACCACUUCCUGAUAUCUCCCAUAGCCAGGAACUGCCAAAGGGAAUUGGAUCCUCCUAGCGGAGCCCCUAAAGCUGACUUCAUUGGAGUCAGGGUUGGUAAGCAAGAGGAGGAAAUGGGAGUCAGAUGUUGGGUUACCGGGCUGGGUAAAAAGCUUAACGGUUCAGAUUCAGGGUGAACUAGAUGAUAGCAUCUGGAAGCCAGGUCCCUGUCAGAGUCUGUGCCUGGCACCCGGUCUUUGCAGCCGUACCAGCUGGAACAGGUUGGGGUUGGCUCUCUCACCCAAGAAGCCACUUCUCCAGUGAAGUCGGAACAUCUGGGAAUUAGAGAUGUCUGGCGGUGCUUGAUUGCUCCUCUCAAAUCCGGUUUUCUCUGACAUGUGCGCCCACCUCGUCCUGGGCUUCCUGAGGGGAAUGUGUUCUUAAAGAGAACUGACCCUGUCUUCACCUGUGAGAGAAGCUUAGACGAGGCUAGUCAGUUGAACACAUCCUUAGUGAAUGUCUGCUGUGUUUCUGGCACCCGCGUCCAGCCACGCUGUAGAGAUUUCAGACCUCUUCGAGAUGCACAUUCCUGUCCGGCUUUAGGCCCCGCCUCUUCCCCGGCGUUUUCUUUAGCCCUGCUUGGUUUUAGCGUGAACUUGAACCAGAGGCACUGCUGCCGAGGCGGCUGUAAGAAAAAGGGUACUUCCUCCCCAAGUAAGGAACUCCUCUUCACAGCACUUUCAGAUGAGUUGUGUUUUUCCUUCUGAU